AUGGACGCGCCACGCAUAAAGAUGGCCGCGCCGUCAACGCAGCCCGCCAAGAAGCCGAAUUCGGCUGCACAAAAGCGCACCCUAGCCAUUGGCGACUUGGCCUCCCUACAUCGGCAUUUGUUGGGACCCUCGAAAACUCAUCGUCCUCACACGUCGUACGGGAGCCAGUCAGCUGCACUGCCGGUGAUUCGACUGCAGCCACCACCGCCCACCCUCCUUCCUCCCUACCCACCACCACCGCCACGAAGAUUUCGCAACAUCUCGUCGGACUACACCCUUCCAAGGCUUCCAGGAUCACUUAGCACGAAAGCCAAACCUCUCGUACAGAGGAAACGAGUCACGCAAAAGACGCAACGGCGGAAUGCCACUGUGUCGUCGGUUCGUGAGAGGUCCAGGACUAGCGCAGACGCCUGCAUCGGUACAGAGUGUCCGGAUCCAAAGUCCGAGGGUUAUAUUUGUCGGUUGUGUGGGUUUAACUGCCAGACGGGAGACAUGCUCCACGCACAUCUUUUGCUCCUACGACACACCUCGAUAAAUCCGACAAGUCUACCGGGCAAACUGAGGCUCUAUGACACAAAUCUGAGCUGCCGCCAUUGUGGUGUGGAUUGGCAACUUGGGAAGGAUGAAACACGUGCUAUGAAUCACCCGUGUCUCCUUCAGAAGGCGGCCUACUUCAAGAAUAUUCUUGCGCCAGCCUCGAAACUGCGUCAGGGCCUACCGUUUGUCUGUUUGUUUUGCUGCGCCGAAGAGGAAGCGACUAAAACGAGGCGGAUCGUGCGCAGGAACCCGAAGAAGACGCUGCCGCUGAAGCGUUGUCAUGCUGCGGCGAGAUUUUCAUCUAAACUCGAGUUGGCAAUUCACAUCCGCUAUGUCCACGACCCGACACGCGAGUCUGGUCAUUGCCCGGGCUGUCCGACAUUUGUGUAUGACCCUCCCGAACGCCACGAGCCACCUGAGUUUGCCUUCUGGUAUCCACACGUGAACGAAGACGGUGGAGGUGUCGCGGGACCAAGUCCCUCCCCCACACGAUCCACGGAUUCAAUCCUUGUUCGAGAGGGACUGCAUCCACUCGACAGGCAUAUCAGUGACACGCACACUGAAGGCUACGAGUACCUGGCGUGGUUGAAUUGCAAACACCAUCGCGCUGGCCCCACUGAUCUGGCCGCGAAGACGACCAAGUCGCGGACGUCGUGGGUCUACGCCUGUCCUCUGUGCCAACUCCAUCCGUUCUCGGUUCAUCCAAAAAACCACGACCUCGCUCUCCCCGAGGUCGGAAUGUCCAGCAAUGCAGCGCUUCAAGCACACAUCGCCUGCUUCCAUCCAGCUGGAGGCAGCUUUCUCGACUGGAAGCUGCAGGUCUGUGCUGUCUGUGGAGAGGCCGUGGCCUCGACGAGGCCCAGGAAUGCUUCGUGGGGUUGCCAUGGCGAAGGAGAUCUCACGUUUCCCCAACAGCGACAUCUGCUGAAGCGCGGUCACGUGGGUCUUCUGAGAGAACAGUUCGUUCGAGCUGUUCGUCAAGGCCGCAUUCUCGCCAUGGAUGUUGGCGAGGGCGUGGAGUGGCGGAACACGUGCGUGUUGUGCUGGCGGCGCUUCGAAGACGAUGGCAAGGUCAACCUCAAGGCAGAAUGUCGUCUUCAGGCGCAUCUCCUCUCAACCCACUGCAUCUUCAACAUGACCACGUCUAAACGAGAAAGUUGUGGAAAGCAGGAUUUCAAUGUGCUUUCCUGUGGAUGGUGUGGCAGCUUGCGAGAGGAUCAGAAAGCUGGUACAAACGGUUGCCAGGAGGAACGCGUCAACCUCUCUGGACUGCAAAAGCUUCGGGAACGUCGCAAGCAAAGCCAAGCUGAGGUGUUUGCUGAUUUCCAGUGGUCAAAGCGUCAUGAAGACGAACACGCCGAAGCCAUCUUUCGUUGGUGGAGGUCCUCAACCAGAUGCGGCUCGAGUGCCAACUACUGUUGA